AAGGUAAUUACACGGACACUAAAGUUCUUCUCUGCCAGGAAAAAUAAAAUGCCAGGUGUCUCAUGAAACUUCAGAACCUGAUUUCAAAAGGCUCAUAAUGAGAGGAAAUAAACGUUAGCCUGCUGGCACCGCUCUACAGGAUACAUUUGUCAAUGGAAUUUUUCCACAUACCAUACCUCCAACAUGAGAAAGAAGUAAUUAUUGCUGAUUUGAAGCUCGAUGAAAUUCCCAAGGCUGCCUUCUCUCCUCUCUUUUUAGAGAAAAAUGAACAGGCGGAAGUGUUGGAUUUGUAAGGUGUGCAGAGAUGGAUCUGAGAGGCCCCCCUCAAACCUUACUGUGGAGGAAGUGUUACAGUGGGCCCAGUCUUUUGAAAAGCUGAUGGCCACAAAAUCACUCAGUCAACAUUCCUAUGGUCCAGCAGUCUAUGCGGCAUACCUGAAAAUGGAGCACAGUGAUGAGAAUAUGAAAUUCUGGAUGGCAUGUGAAACCUAUAAGAAAAUUGCCUCACGGCGGAGCAGAGUUUCUAGGGCAAAGAAGCUGUAUGAGAUUUACAUCCAGCCAGAGUCCCCCAGGGAGAUUAACAUUGACAGUUCAACAAGAGAAGCUAUCAUCAGGAAUAUUCAAGAACCCACUCAGUCGUGUUUUGAGGAGGCACAAAAAGUCGUGUAUAUGCACAUGGAGAGAGACUCCUACCCCCGGUUUUUAAAGUCAGAAAUGUAUCAGAAACUCUUGAAGACUAUUCAGUCCAACAACAAUUCCUGAUGACCACUCAAAAUUGGAAGCUGAAGAUGGCUGGCUUUGUUCUUUUAAUUUAAACACACACACACACACACACACACACACACUCACACACACACAGAGUCAGAAACAGAGUAAGAAUGAGAGAGAAGAAACUAACUAUAAAUUGAUUUCUAGUUCCCAAAGAGAAACAGAUCCCACAAGGCCCGGACUCCAGGACUCUUAUCACAUGAAUAACACAAUUUCUGGAAUGCCUGUGUAAUGCUUAGUUAAUACAUAAGAAAAAGGAGGGUCUUUCUUCGUGACACCAGUAACGGACCGUUUUUACUGCUGGCAUCAAGGAAUACCUGUUUUCUCAUUAAUGAAAUUUUGCUGCCAUAAUGUACAGAUUAGUCCUUUAAAAAUUGUAGUUAUAUGAGUUGUGUCUCUAGCAUGAAUGUAUUCUAGAGUGUUCUUCGUAAUGUUAAUUAAUCAACAAACUGGGUACCCAUGGUACAAUCAAUUGUGUUAUAUCAUUGAGCAAUGUUAACAUGAUGUGUUCCUGAGAGAUAUUUUAUCUGUAAAAUUUUCCUACUAUUAUGUUCAUAACUGAACUUUUAUAUUGGAUAUAUCUUCUACAGAUGAAAAAUUCUUGAUGAUUUUAAGCUAUGUAAAAUGCACGGCUUUCUUCAUUUAUUUCUAUACUUUUAUUGCUAUAAGGGUAGAAAAUUUGAUUCCUAUACUUUGAGAUUUUUUUUGCCCUCCCUAUGUGAA